UGGGCCAGUUUAAAACUGGCAACUUGCGCGAAUAUGUCAAUUGUAUGAAAAGUGAAAACCAGAGGUCGCUUUACAAAUUAUGACACUUUGUGAAUGGCGAAUGUGGUGAAUGUCACUUUGACAUGCACGUGUUUUUGGUCAUGGCAGUCAUUUUGAAUUAACUUCGGCAGCGUGUAGUUGGGUUUUGGCGUGUUGUCAACGUUUGUGGAAAUUUUUAUUAUAACCAAAAAAGUAUAUUAAACUGAUGAAUUUAUAAGCAUAUCAAACAUGCUUGUUUUGUACGAAACACCCGCGGGGUACGCAAUAUUCAAACUUUUGGAUGAAAAAAAGUUGGAAAAGGUAGAUAAUCUUUAUCUUGAGUUUGAGACUCCUGAAAAGGCAGGUAAGCUGCUAAAGUUGCAGCAUUUUGAAAAAUUCAAUGACACAACUGAAGCACUUGCUGCUGCAACUGCGGCUGUUGAAGGUAAAGUUUCGAAACCGUUGAAAAAGACGCUCAAGAAAUUGGUCAACGAUGAUCUACAGACAUCGCUAUUGGUGGCCGAUGCUAAACUUGGCAAUUCUAUAAGGGACAAGUUUGCUGUACAAUGUGUGUAUAAUAAUAGCGUUCAGGAACUCAUGAGAUGUAUACGACAACAGGCGGAUAGUCUUUUGGUUGGAAUGCCCAAACGUGAAAUAACUGCUAUGGCACUUGGUUUGGCACAUUCGCUCUCACGUUAUAAAUUAAAAUUCUCUCCUGAUAAAAUCGACACCAUGAUUGUGCAGGCACAGUGCUUACUUGAUGAUCUUGAUAAGGAGCUUAAUAACUAUAUAAUGCGCGUGCGAGAGUGGUAUGGCUGGCAUUUUCCUGAAUUAGGCAAGUUAAUCACUGAUAACAUUGCUUUUGUGAAGGUUAUUAAAUUGGUUGGUACACGUGAAAAUAUGAUACAAAUUGACUUGUCCGAUAUAUUGCCUGAAGAUGUCGAGGAGAAAGUAAAGGAAGCUGCCGAAAUAUCAAUGGGUACAGAGAUUUCAGAAGAAGAUAUAAUAAACAUACAGUGUCUCUGUGAUGAAAUUAUUUCAAUUAAUGAUUAUCGCACGCAUUUGUAUGAUUACUUAAAGACCCGUAUGAUGGCGAUGGCACCCAAUCUAACAAUACUUGUUGGUGAAACUGUAGGCGCGAGGCUCAUAGCUCAUGCUGGUUCACUAAUCAAUCUUGCAAAACAUCCAUCUUCAACUGUACAAAUUCUAGGCGCAGAAAAAGCGUUGUUCCGGGCGCUUAAAACGAAAAAGGAUACACCAAAAUAUGGUCUUAUUUAUCAUGCAAAUUUAGUAGGUCAGGCCAGUUUAAAAAAUAAAGGCAAAAUGUCCCGUUCACUAGCUGCAAAGUCUUCACUUGCAACACGUGUUGAUGCUUUCGGUGAAGAAGCCUCAUUUGAACUGGGAGCGGCUCAUAAGGUAAAAUUGGAAUCACGAUUGCGUUUACUAGAGGAAGGCAAUUUACGAAAAUUAUCUGGAACCGGUAAAGCAAAGGCUAAAUUUGAAAAAUACCAAGCAAAGAGUGAAGUGUACACUUAUAAACCUGAACUCGACUUUACCCUAGGAGGUAAGCGCAAACACAAAGAUGCAAAUGAAGAAGAUAAGGAUGAUACAGAAGCUGCAACAUCUUCAAAAGCAGCUGAAGAUUCAGUAGUUGCGGAAGAAGAAGUUGCAGAAGUUACGACAGAAAAGAAAAAGAAGAAGAAAAAAAAUAAACGUAAAGAUGAAGCGGCGCCAGAAACUGAAAGUGCACCAGCGAAGAAAAAAUCAAAAAAAUCUGAUUCAGACUAAAAGA